GGGUGGGUAAGGCAAGGCAACUCUCUGCAACGCGGCCCAACUAGGAAAGCUAUAUAACCUCGUUCGUCAUCAGCUUACCUCUACAUCAUCCUACGUGGUAAAAGUUAUUUAUCAGUUCAGUUCAGUUCAGAUCCCAUUACUAUAUCACCAAUAAGUCAUCAUGACAGUCACAGAGUUGGCAUGGUUUACAGGUGCCCACGGCCCCGUUGGAGACGAGGCCAAGGAAGCUAUGAACCGGGGCCUAAUCGUUCAGGAUGACUGGUGCGCCCGUAAUACUCCGACAUUACCUAAGGGCAGAGAAGCUCGUGGUGUAGGCUUCUUCCGACAAAUCGAGGAUCCAUCUAUCGCCCUCCUAACGGCACACUGGGAAUCCGUCUCCCAGCACCGGCUUUGGCAGGCCUCGCCCGAGAACAAGACGGCCUACCCCCCUCUCAAAGAGCACUUCACGCUAGAAAAGACAGACGUGUCUCACCUCGAAGACGCUGCGUUCUUCGAUGCAUCAGGACCGGAUGGCGAGAUCUCCCUAUUAAAAAGUCCUAUCGUUAGUUUAAGCUGCGUGACCAUUCCGGCCGAGAAACGCAAGGCAUUCGAGCAGGCCUGGGUUGAAAAUAAGCACUUAUUGGAGGCAUAUACACCACUAAUUAAGUUCGGGUGGCGCAUCGAAAAGGAAGACGAGAGCUUGGAGCAGUUUAUUCUUUCUUGCUCGUGGCCAAGCGUCGAGAAGCACAUGGAAUUCGCAGGAGGAAAAGACUUCCCUCAGUUCUCGGCAGCGCUCUUGUCUCUUUCGCAGGAUACCGAGGCCAAGCAUUACGAGAGGAUCCUGUAAGACAUGAUUAGGCACACACAAUAAGAAGUUCUCUCUUUUGCUCUUUAGAAAU